AGUCAGUGUAAACCCAGGGGAAGCACCACAACUUAGGGUUUCUCUUGUGAUUCGGGCUCCUCUCCGUCGUCGUCGUCGUCGUGGGCGUCGAGGAGGCUCAAUCGUUGCCGGGCGUGAUCGAAGCCGGCAUUAGCAAAAUCAUGUUGAUCCCGAAGAAGAAUCGAGUGGAGGUGUACAAGUACCUCUUCAAGGAGGGCGUCCUUUACGCAAAGAAGGACUUCAAUGCGCCCAAGCACCCGGAGAUCGAUGUGCCCAACCUUCAAGUUAUCAAACUCAUGCAGAGCUUUAAUUCUAAGGAGUACGUCAAAGAGAAUUUCGCAUGGCGUCACUACUACUGGUACUUGACCAAUGAUGGCAUCGAGUACCUCAGGACUUAUCUUAACCUUCCUUCCGAGAUUGUUCCCGCUACUUUGAAGAAGUCUGCACGUCCCUCAAGUAAGCCAAUGGGAGGAGACAGACCUCCCCGCGGUCCUCCGAGAGAGGGUGACAGGCCACGAUUUGGUGGUGAUAGGGAAGAUUAUAGAAGUAGCGGUGGCCGUGGGGGUGGUUUCGGCGGAGAGAAAACUGGAGCUCCUGGAGAGUACCGACCUGAGUUCCGGGGUGGACGAGGCGGCUUCGGUCGUGGAGGUGGAGGAUUUGCAGGCGGUGCUCCAGGUGCCCUGACUGAGUAGUAUAUUGCACUCUCGUAAUCCCCUUGCAUUUUCCAUCUGGGGUCUUUGAAGAGAAAGCACCUGAUGAAUUUUGGAUCAUUUUGGUGCUGCUUCUCUUUAGCGGCAUUGAAAAGCUAAGUAUCUCAGAUUUGUUAAUUCUGAUGAUAAACAUAGAUGAGUAAGCACUUAACUGUGUUUUACGAACUUGAUUGCUGAUUACCUGAGUUACUAUGUCCUUUGCUUCUUAUGAAAAAGCAGAAGGGCAUUUCGUUUCUUUCUCAUUUGUUCGAUGAUUAUAUCCACUUGCAGCAAUGUACAAAGUCUUAAUGACUGUUUUCAAGGCA